GUUGAGUCCUUACGAGUGGUACAACCCCCACCCAUGCUUGAGGGAACGUCAGAACCUUCUGGAGAACCAGUACACGUUGGGCAACAGCCUCUGGUUCCCGGUUGGUGGCUUCAUGCAACAAGGUUCUGAGGUGAUGCCACGUGCCCUCUCCACCCGCUGCGUCAGCGGAGUCUGGUGGGCUUUCACCCUCAUCAUCAUCUCCUCCUACACGGCCAACUUGGCGGCCUUCUUGACGGUGCAGAGGAUGGAGGUCCCCAUCGAGUCAGCAGAUGACUUGGCUGAUCAGACCAACAUUGAAUAUGGGACCAUCCAUGCUGGGUCCACCAUGACCUUCUUCCAG